AUUUGAACAUCGCAAUUUUAUUGCUUUGUGUUGCAGAAAUAACUCAAAUCUUGUGUAAUAUUAAUAUAGCGUAGGAAUUAGUACUACAUUAUCAAAUUAUAUUAUUUAUUAUAUUAAAAAAACAAUCUGUGAUAUAUUUUUAUACAAACAUGUCGAAUCCUUGGAAGAAAGUUUCAGCACCAGUGGACACACUCAACCUCUCGGACAUAAUGUCGGAGGAAUACGCCAAAGGGCUGCAGGUGAAGGAGGAUACGAAGUUCGCAGAACAAAUAUCGGACAUUAUAACAGAUCACCAGGCCAUCACGCAGUCUAAAAUAGAUGACAUAUCGCCUCUAGUCCUUAGGCAAAUCGAAGAAUCUAACGUCAAAGACAGCUGCGAUUCGGACGCGAUCAUUGCGAAAGUGCUGCAAAAUCAGUUCGACAAGGAGCACGAUAACGAAAUAAAACGCGUGGAGAAGAAGCGCAAUGGAGAUGCUAAAGUUUCUGUAUCGUACGAUAACUACCGCUAUGUCCCUGAGCAUCUCAUCUACGACUCGGAAUCUGAUGACGAUGAACUAGAAUUCGCGCACAAGAAAGACUGGGAUCGGUUCGAAACAAACGAGAAAGAAUUUGCGAGUCUUCCCAAACGGGGAUUCGUCAUGAAGGAUGGCGAGAUGGUUACUAAGCACGACAGCGUUAUAAACGGCCGGAGAAACGCCUGCAAAGUGAUGGCAUUUCCUCCCGACGUGUGCACGGGUGACGGUGCCGGGUUCGACAUGAAACUGCCCAACUCUGUGUUCAAUCAGCUGAAAGAGCACUCUAGACACAAUCAAGCUAGAAAAAACAAAAUGUUGGAUCGUAAGGAGAGCCAAGCCACUGCCGAAAUGGGUCUGGACGAGGCCACCAGACUCAUACUGUUCAAACUCGUCAACAAUGGUAUCCUAGAGAGUAUAAAUGGAAUAAUUUCUACUGGCAAGGAGUCUGUAGUUAUUCACGCUAGUGCCGAUCAAUCCUAUCCCGAUUUGGUGCUUCCCAAGGAAUGUGCAAUCAAGGUGUUUAAAACUACUCUGAAUGAGUUUAAAACCAGAGACAAGUAUAUCGAAGCUGACUAUAGAUUUAAGGAUAGGUUCUCGAAGCAGAACCCAAGAAAGAUUGUCCACAUGUGGGCAGAGAAGGAGAUGCAUAACAUGGUGAGAAUCAAGAAGGUCGGAAUUAACUGCCCUGAAAUGAUCUGCUUGAAGAAGCAUGUUCUACUUAUGUCCUUCAUCGGAAAGGACAACAAGCCAGCUCCGAAGCUGAGAGAUGUUAUAAUGAAGCCAGAGAAAUGGCAGAGCGUUUACAAGGAAGUUAUAGAUAUUAUGCAUAAGUUGUACAAUGUAGGCCAUCUGGUGCACGCUGACUUAUCAGAGUAUAAUAUACUCUGGUGGGAGGACAAGUGCUGGUUGAUUGAUGUCUCCCAGUCGGUGCAGCCUGAUCAUCCUCAUGGCUUAGAAUUUCUGCUGCGAGAUUGCCAUAACAUAAUCAAUUUCUUCGAGAAAAAAAACAUCCCAGAUAUGAUAACAGCUGAGGAGUUGUUCAAGUCCGUCACUGGUUUUGAAGAGGUUGAUGUCAAUUUACUCGAAGGUGUGCAUACAACAUUCAAUGCCCUGUCAUCACGUUUUGAGAUUGCUCCGGAUGACAACAGAAAUAUCAGCUACCCAUUUGAGUAUUGCUGGCAGAAAUCUAAUGAGAUCCAACUGCAACAAGUCAAAACUGAGGAUGAUGAAGAUGAGUUUGAAGAAAUGUGGGAGCUCUCCCAACUGAGCAAGGUCGACGAUGCCGCUGACUUUGGCAAUGAAGUACCCAAUAAUGUGGUUGUGGACAAAACUGUUAACUUUGCCAAUACUAUUGACAUAACCUUGCCCACCACUAACAAUGAUAUAAGUAGUAAGGACAUAAGAAAAAAGUCUUAACUUUGAAUCACUUUAUUAGCCAGAAUAUUAAGAAGUAAAUAUAUUCUUUAUGAAUAUUUACAAAAUGUUUGAUUCAAAAUCAACAAAUCAAGAACAAAAAAAUAUGGGAUAGAUAACAGGAAUCUUUUUAUAUUAAAAUAUAAAGAGACAUUUUUUUGUUUUAUUGCAAAACCUUAAUCCAAACAGGAUAGUAUUAUUUUUUUAAAUAUCUUUAUUUAAAAAAAUAAUACUUUAAGGGCUUUUGCCAUACAUGGCUGCCAGCCCAGGGCAGGAUAGUAAUUUAAUAAAAUCUUACUUUAGAGUUUAGACUCACUUAUGUACUUACUUAUGUGAACAUCUAAUGUACCAUUUUUAAUGCAAAUAAAUGAUUGAUUGAU